AGUAAAGAAGAGCCAAAGUGGAUUAAGAUGGACGCCUCCAUGGAACACGGAAUGGAUGAUGGCGGUCAUAUGGAUAGAAGUACCACCAACUUGAUCAUAAACUACUUACCACAGACAUUAUCUGAUGAAGAAUUUAUUUCUAUGUUCACCAGUAUUGGACCAAUCAAAUCGUCCAAAGUUAUCCGAGACCGCGCUUCGGGAUACAGUUACGGAUUUGGAUUUGUUGACUAUCAAUCGGUGGAAGAUGCUGCACGUGCCGUUCACACAUUAAAUGGACUCCAGUUACAAAAUAAGAGAAUUAAAGUCGCGUUUGCACGUCCAGGUGGCGAUACUAUCAAAGGAGCGAACUUGUAUGUAAGAAAUAUCCCAUCUACUUGGAAAGAACAAGAACUGAUUGCCAUGUUUGAAGGAUUUGGACAAAUUAUUCAAUCUCGUGUAUUGAUCGAGCCUUCCACAGGAAUUUCGCGGCGAGUUGGAUUCGUUCUCUAUGACAAAAAGGAAUCGGCUGAUGCUGCUAUCAAGCAAUUGAGUGGGAAAGUCCCACCUGGAGAGACUGAUGCACUGAUGAUAAAAUAUGCUGAUGAUAAUUCUAAGAAAGUUCGACCACCAGUAUUCCCACCUGCUAUGACUCAAGGUGGACCCAUGAGGAACCAAGGAGGCGGAAACCGAUUCAGAUAUAAUCCAAUGAUGAUGGGACCUGGAGGUCAAGGAAGUCAAGGUCAUGUGAUCUUCGUGUACAACAUCGGCAGCGAUGCAGAUGAGAAAACUUUGUGGCAAUUAUUCAGUCCGUUUGGCAGUGUCACCAAGGUGAACGUUAUUCAUGACACGGCUAAGAAUAUGUGUAAAGGUUAUGGUUUCGUGACCAUGACCAAUUUGAACGAAGCUGCCAAUGCAAUUCAGUGUCUCAAUGGCUAUUACUACAACGGACGCGCCUUGCAGGUUUCGUUCAAACAAGGCAAUUAAAGUGUGACAGACUUGUGGUUUAUUUCAGAAUUUAUGUUUCAUCAUGUUAUGCUUAAAAUUGUGCUUUGCAAAUUGUAAUCCCUUGAAUUUUGUCAAUAUCUGUGCAACCCAGAUCAUUUUGAGAAAUGUUUAAGACAUACACAAUGUGGUUUAUUCGUAUUUGGAUUUUGAAUGCAGACUUUUGAAAAUGUUGUUACAUUUUAUAUUGUUGCUGGAUUUUUUUUGUAUUCAAAUUUUUUUUCAUCACUUUUUUUUUUUUUCACUUUUUGCAUUUGUUUUCAAAUUUCAUAUUUGUUGCAUAGAUACCAAAACAGUAUCUUUGAAUGUUGUUAUCGCACUUGUUAAACCCUCAGCCCACCAGCUUAAUUUUGUAGAUGUUUUGUGCUUUGCAGAUCUAGUUUUGAAAUAUAAUAGAAUUUCAGCUGAAGUUUAUUGAUAUUCCUUUUUGAACAUUUGUUUCUAUAUGAUAGACAAUAGUGAUUCUUUUGAAUGUUAUGAUAAAAAAGGAUAUUUAUGAACGGUGUAUAUCAUUACAUAUGAGAUUAUGACCCAAGUGUCAAGAAUUUAUUCAAUAUUUUACCCUUAUGUAACAGGCCAAUACUGAAAAUAAUACUGUACAUAAGCUUAUAUAAGCUGAAGAUCUCAUAGCGUGAAACUCUGAGUAACAACAUGAUUCAAGUACUGUUUUAAUAGUUCUAUAUUAGCUCUACAAUUGAUAUAUUGAGCACUAUUUUAACAGUGAAAAUAUUUCAUUAUUGUAAUCUUAUAUCAUAUUGCCUAGAAAUAUUAAAACAGAACCUAAAAAAAUCUGUUGUUUCUCGACUCAAAGAGUUUCAUGCUAUGUGAUCUUCAGACAACUGACCUAUAAGGUUUCAGUCUGCGUCUCUACUGAAGUUAGACAAGUAGAACUUAUUCUCAUGUCUACAAUUCAAGACCAGUUCGUAAUGUUUAUUAAAAGCAGUCUUAGCCUACACAGUAUUUCAAAUAGUCAUCUAUCAUUCAUGGCCAAAUUUACUAAUGAUGCAAGUAGUACAAUGGGGUCAUUAUCCUUAACUGAUAAAUGAUUGGAAAAAAAGAGAAUUACUGUAUCAUUUGUCAAACAGGAAAUGUCUCAAUGUUGUAUUAUGUCAAUGCAACAAAAAUCUCUGUUAUAAAACAAAAUGAUGGAAAAUCUGAAUUUGGUUGUGAUCUAAGCUAGAGUCUACAAUUGUACCAAAGAAAGGGUUCUCUAUACCACCAAGUGGUUGUUGUAUUAAAGAGUUUCUGUGUGUUUUAUUAUAUCACAAGACAAGUGUAAAAAAUGAACACAAUUUCAUAAUAAAAUCUUUAUUUUAU